GGAUCAUUUUCACAUAACAGGCAUGGCAAGUAAACGAAAAUCCACAACACCGUGCAUGGUCUUGGCCAACGAGCAGGAUCCAGAUCUAGAAAUGGUAUCAGACUUGGAGGAAGGACCACCUGUACUGACGCCAGCAGAUAACCCGGCAGCAGAGAGCGUAACGAGUGAUGAGGAUGCCCAUGAGUUCGUGGAUCCAGACAAUCAGAAAAACACAAAUAAAGUCGAAGGUGGUUAUGAGUGUAAAUACUGUACUUUUCAAACUCCAGAUCUCAAUAUGUUUACUUUUCAUGUGGAUUCGGAACAUCCCAACGUAGUAUUAAAUUCAUCCUACGUUUGUGUAGAAUGCAAUUUCCUUACCAAAAGAUACGAUGCUCUCUCGGAACAUAAUUUGAAGUACCACCCUGGAGAGGAGAAUUUUAAAUUGACCAUGGUGAAGCGUAAUAAUCAGACAAUCUUUGAACAGACAGUAAAUGAUCUAACUUUUGAUGGGAGUUUUGUUAGAGAAGAAAACGCAGAACAGGCUGACUCUUCUGAGGUCCCCUCAUCAGGCAUCUCUAUUAGCAAAACUCCUAUAAUGAAAAUGAUGAAAAACAAAACAGAGACUAAACGUAUUGCUGUUUUCCACAGUGUAGCUGAUGACAUUCCUGGUGAAGAAAAGGGAGCUGAAAAUGAGCCAAACUCUGAAGAAGUAGUAGAAAACCCACCGCCAGCGGUUUCUGAGUCAAAAGCGAGCCAUUCGGUUGUUGGUAGUGCAGCAGAUGUGGCUAGUGCGGUGGUGACUCCAGCACCGGUGCUUCAGCCUGGGGUGGCACAGGUCAUAACAGCUGUUACAGCUCCACAGAACUCAAACCUGAUCCCAAAAGUCCUAAUACCUGUAAAUAGCAUUCCAGCCUAUAAUACUGCGUUGGAUAACAAUCCUCUUUUGCUUAACACCUACAAUAAAUUCCCCUAUCCAACCAUGUCGGAAAUCACUGUUCUUUCCACUCAAGCUAAGUACACAGAGGAACAGAUUAAAAUAUGGUUUUCUGCCCAGCGUCUGAAGCACGGGGUGAGCUGGACGCCAGAGGAAGUGGAGGAAGCAAGGAGGAAACAAUUUAAUGGCACAGUGCAUACUGUGCCACAGACCAUUACCGUUAUUCCAGCACACAUUUCCGCCGCUAGCAAUGGUUUACCUUCAAUUUUACAGACAUGCCAAAUAGUUGGUCAGCCAGGACUAGUUCUCACUCAAGUUGCAGGUGCAAAUACAUUACCAGUAACAGCCCCAAUAGCUUUGACUGUAGCAGGAGUCCCAAAUCAAACACAGUUACAGAAGAGUCAGAUUCACACUGCUCAGCCUAUUGCAGAAACCAAACAAGUAGCUGCUGUUCCAGCCCCUCAGCCUAUCAAAAAUGAAUCUGCCUUGAUGAAUCCUGACUCCUUCGGCAUCCGAGCAAAAAAAACUAAGGAACAACUGGCAGAACUGAAAGUCAGCUACCUUAAAAAUCAAUUUCCUCAAGAUUCAGAAAUUGUUAGGCUUAUGAAAAUAACGGGCCUGACUAAAGGAGAGAUCAAAAAGUGGUUCAGUGAUACACGCUACAAUCAGAGAAACUCAAAGAAUAACCAUGGGAUUCAUCUCAACAGUGAUUCAUGUGCCACCAUUGUUAUUGAUUCAAGUGAUGAAAUGAACGAGUCCCCAACGGGAGCCACUCCGCAAAACAAGUCAUCAUGGAGCACUUUUCCUGAUUUCACCCCACAGAAAUUCAAAGAGAAGACUGCUGAGCAGCUGCAAGUCCUCCAAGCAAGUUUCCUUAAUAACCCCAUCCUUACUGAUGAAGAGAUGAAUAGGUUAAGAGCCCAAACCAAACUCACCAGGAGAGAGAUCGAUGCCUGGUUUAUAGAGAGAAGGAAAUCAAAGGUUUUGAAGGAAGAAGGAGCUGACUUGAAUGAGAGCAAUGCUGGCAGCUCGAAAGAAGAGGCUGGUGAAACAUCUGUGGGAGAUGGAGCAGCGGGAGCAAAAUCAGGGUGUUCCACUUCAAGCAAAAUAGGCAAAAAAUCACCAGAGCAGUUGCACAUGCUCAAAAGUUCCUUUGUCCGCACACAGUGGCCAUCUCCACAGGAAUACAACAAGCUGGCAGAAGAAACUGGACUCCCAAGAUCAGAAAUCGUGAGCUGGUUUGGAGAUACUCGCUAUGCCUGGAAGAAUGGUGGAUUGAAAUGGUAUUAUUAUUACCAGAGCGCCAAUGCAAACAGUCUGAACGGCCAAGGCUUUGCAAGGAAGAGAGGGAGAGGAAGACCAAAAGGGAGGGGGAGAGGCAGGCCUCGGGGGAGGCCUCGGGGAAGCAAGAGGUUAAAUUGCUGGGACAGAGGUGUGUCUGUCAUAAAAUUCAAAACUGGAACAGCAAUCCUGAAGGACUACUAUAUGAAGCACAAAUUCCUUAAUGAGCAAGACCUUGAUGAACUGGUAGCCAAAUCUCACAUGGGAUAUGAGCAGGUCAGAGAGUGGUUUGCAGAAAGGCAAAGAAGAUUAGAACUUGGAAUAGAGCUGUUUGAUGAGAAUGAGGAGGAAGAUGAAAUGUUGGAAGAUCAGGAAGAUGAGGAAGAAACGGAUGAUAGUGAUACUUGGGAACCCCCCCGACAUGUUAAGCGUAAACUUUCCAAGUCAGAUUGA